UGCUUUGCCUUCUCAUACAUUUCAUCUACGUUCUAUCCUUCUCCUUUCCCUUCUUGGUAAAACACUACAGAUAUGAAGACAAUGGGAACAACACUAGCUUCCCUCCUCCUAUGGACUCUCUUUGUUGGGUUGGUUUCUGGAGACAUGGCCAUUCCUUUGACGUCUACAAGCGACGAAGAUCAGAAGACUUAUUACACUCCAGACCCACAUGCAGGAAGCCCCCCCUCAGGUUCUUCACCGGGGAGUCCACCUUAUGGAACUACACCACCACCUGAUGGCUCGGGAGGAAGCCACGGAGGAAAACCACCCUCUCAUGGACAUGGUGGUAAAAAACGCAGCCCAAAACCAGGGAACUGUGGAAACCCACCACACACUCCUACUCCAUCAAAACCUCCUUCCGGUGGUGGUGGACACCACAAGUCUCCUAAAUAUAAUCCAACCCCAUCUAUUCCAUCCACUCCUCCUUCAGAUGGUGGUGGGUAUUACAGCCCGCCCUCUCAUGAUCCCACUCCAACCCCAUCAACUCCAUUGAGUCCUCCUCCUUCUGGUGGUGGUGGUGGAUACUACAGCCCUCCGUCUUAUGAUCCCACUCCAACUCCUUCAACUCCAUCAAACCCUCCUCCUGAUGGUGGUGGUUCGACCCCAUCAACUCCAUCUACUCCAACUCCAUCAGCUCCUUCAGGUGGUGGAUACUACAGCCCUCCAACUUAUGAUCCCACUCCAACUCCUUCAACUCCAUCUACUCCAACCCCAUCAACUCCAUCUACUCCAACCCCAUCAACUCCAUCUACUCCAACUCCGUCAGCUCCUUCAGGUGGUGGUGGAUACUAUAGCCCUCCAACCUAUGAUCCCACUCCAACACCUUCAACUCCAUCUACUCCAACUCCGUCAACUCCUUCAACUCCUUCAGGUGGUGGAUACUAUAGCCCUCCAACUGAUAAUCCCACAACUCCUUCAACCCCAUCUACACCAACUCCGUCAACUCCUUCAACCCCAUCUACACCAACUCCGUCAACUCCUUCAGAUGGUGGAUACAACAGCCCUCCAACGUAUGAUCCCACUCCAACCCCAUCGACUCCUUCAGGUGGUGGUGGAUACUACAGCCCUCCAACUUACGAUCCUACUCCAUCAACUCCAUUCACACCUCCCUCAGGCGGUAGUGGAUACAACAGCCCUCCAUCUUAUGAUCCUAACCCAUCAACUCCUCCUUCAGGUGGUAAUGGAUUCUACAACCCUCCAACAUCUGGUACACCAUUCUAUGGAACCCCCCCAACCACAUCAGCACCUCCCUUUGUUCCUGAUCCCAAUUCCCCCUUUACUGGCACAUGCAACUAUUGGAGUACGCACCCAGGAGCAAUAUGGGGAUUGUUGGGGUGGUGGGGAACAAUGGGCAGUGUUUUUGGCAUAACAGGCUCUCCAGGCUUUGGAGCAACUCUCAGCUUGCCACAAGCACUCUCAAACACACGAACUGAUGGCCUAGGAUCCCUGUACCGAGAAGGAGCUGCGGCUUUCCUGAACUCCAUGGUCAACAACAGGUUCCCCUUCACAACAAAUGAAGUUCGUCAAAGUUUUGUAUCGGCACUAAGCUCAAACAAAGCAGCAGCAGCUCAGGCCAGGGUUUUCCAGAUGGCCAACGAGGGCAGAUUCAAGCCUAGAAUCUGAAGCAGAAUAACAAUAAAUUCAGCACCUUAAGUAUAACUAUUUUCCGUUUCCUCAGUGUCCUACCUUACUACGUAUUAUAUUAUUUCCUACUGCUAAGAAAUUCCCGUCUAUCUCGGCUUUCCAUAAA